AUGGAGACGCAAGGCAACAAGAGACAGGGCCCCCGAGCUGCAGCUAGAGCAGCAGCACAAGCAGCAGCAGGAGGAGGAGGAGACAAGAAUUUUACGACAGCAGCAGCAGGAGCAGCAGCAGCUACUGCAGCAGCAGCAGCAGCAACUACGUGGUACUUGGGCCUAUGGUAUAGCCGUCAAAGGGAUCCAGCUGUCCCCUCAUCCUUAUUAAGUGUCUCCUUAUCUCGUUUUGCUGCUGCUUCCUUCCGUCUACAUACCUUAAUAGGAGGGGCAAAGAAGUGCGGAGAGGGCCGCCUUGGCGAGGUCCACCACGGAAGCUGGCGGACGUUGGAGAGAUGGGCGGAGGCGCAAGGACUCGGGAUAGAGGAAGCGCUCAGACGUUAUCAUCAACAAACAUAUUCGCCUAGUGGCGUGACAUUGGCUGUGUUAGAUCCUCGUCCUCUAGAGUUUAUAGAGGCGGAUGUUGGACCGGCGCUGCAGUACCUGCUGUCUACGCCAGCAGCAGCAGCAGCAGCAGCAGGAGACAAUGGAGAGACGGUGCAGCAGCAGGUGUCUCCUCCUCCUGAGGAGACAGUUGGCGAGGGCCCCUCAAUAGGGGACGAUACAAAGAAGGAGGAGACAGGAACAGUAACAGAAGAAGAAGGAGGAGGAGGAACAAGAGAGGAGACAGAUAAGAAAGAGGAAGGAGGAGAGGAGACAAAAGGAGACAAUAAACAGGAGACAGCAGCAAAUGCAUGCAAGACACCUGUUAUUCAUUAUCUAGAAUGUGCCUCUGAGCAGCAAAACGUAAUUGCUUUCUUCUCCUUUUUCCUCCCCUCUGCUUCCUCCUCCUCUGCUGCUGCUGCAGCAGCAGCAGCAGAAGAGGGAUCAGAAGAAAGAGGAGGAGGAGGAGAAGAAGAAGAAGAAGAAAAGGAAGAGGACCCUGUCUCCUUAAUGCUACAAGCAAGGAGACUCCUUGUAGAGUUGGCCUUAAAGGAGAGUCCUCCUGGUGAUUGGUUUGUAAGAGAGCAACAACAUCUAUUUGCUUAUCGUCAUGUCUUCUUCUUUCCUCAAGAUAUACUACAAGCUGCUGUUGAUCUUGCUAUAGGGGGACCUAAGCUGUCUAUACAGUCACAAGGAGGAGACACUCCUGUAUACAGCAGCAGCAGCAGCAGCACCAGCAUUAGCAUCACCAGCAGCAGCACCACCACCAGCAGCAGCGGUAGCAGCAAAAUUACUAACAACCCCAUAGCUGCAGGGCAGCAGAACAGCAGCAGCAAGGGGAGCAGCAGCAACGGGAGGGGAGGACGCCAGAAACGGGGUGGAGGAUCUGCAGCACCACUCCUUGCUGCACCACCACCAUCCCAAGCAGCAGCAGCAGCAGCAGCAGCAGCAGGAGCAGCAGGUUAUAAAUAUUUAUCAUUCCCUAUGCAUCAUCCUUGUUAUAAUAAAUGUAGUGUGCUGCUGCAGAAAGGAGACGAUCCCAACGAUCCCAGGGCAUCCGUUGUGCUGCAGCUUAGCUGUUGGGUAGGGCAGCAACUUGUACCAAGAGAGGAUGCAGCAGCAGAACUAUUCCUUUCUAUUGUUAAACAACAAGCACAAGGGGUAAUAGAGGAAGCAGCAAGAGCAGGAAUAGCAGCAGCAAUAUCUGGUGGUACAUUUGCUGCAGAGAGUCAUAAUAGUUUACUAAGAAGAGGAGACACAAUAGUUGUCUCUGUUGCUGGUCCCUUUGAUGGUUUAUUACGUGUUUUGCCUGCCUUAUUACUUCCCUUAUCCCCAUCACCAUCAGCAUCAUCAUCAGGAGGAGCAGGAGGUGCAGGAUCCAGUGUAUCCCCCUCAUCAUCAUCAUCAUCAUCAUCAUCAUCAGCAGCAGCAGCAGCAGCAGCAGCAGCAGGUGCAACAAUAGCAGAUAUAUCCGAUAAUACAGUAUCUAUAGCAAAUAAAUUAUUACUAUCUAUGUUACAGCAACCUUCUUCUUCUCCUGAGUUAUUACUUAAUGAGAUGGCAUUAGAUAUGUUAGUAUUUCCUCAAUCUAGUAAGAUAUAUAUACAACAACAAUUAAUAAGAGCACCUAUUGAUACAAGACUUGCUGCUGCAUGGAGAGAUACAUUAUGGCAAAGUAUGGCUCUUCAUGCUACUAUUGAGGGGAAUGUAACAGAAGAAUCAGCUAUUAAUCUUAUUAGUCUUGUACUUAGAACUCUUAGGCCCGUCUCCCUACAUCCAGUCUCAGAGGUCCUACCUUCGCAAAUAGUAGAUCUAAGGGGUAUAUAUAUGUUAGCUCCUCCUGCACCUCCUGUACCUACUGGGUCUCUCUUUGGCAGCAGCAGCAGCAGCAGCAGCAGCAAUGGCAGCAAUGGCAGCAGCGACAGCAGCAAUCAGCGGAUCCCUCCUGCUGCUCUUUAUGUACAUCCUUCCUUUUCUAAGACAGCAUUUCAUGCUGUUCGUGUUUAUAUACAAAUAUUGAUUAUAUCUUACCCAUGCAUGCAUGCAAACCUGCAUGCAAAUGCAUGCAUGUUGUGUACAGUUGGGUCCAAUGGGGAGCAACCUGAAGUCUCCAAGUGCAGCAGCAGCAGCAGCAGCAGCAGAAGCAGCAGGUGA